AUGACGACCGGUGUCUCGGCAACCGAGAUAUUCAUGAGCUCUGUGCCGUACUCAGCCACCACUAAGAACUGCCAGGAACACAGCCUACGCGAUCUCGGCAGCAUCCAGCCGCUCGCUCCAAUGAUAUUAUCCGCGGCUGCUAGCUUGUACGCUUCUCUUACAAGACAUCUGACUGGCUUCUUUGGCGCAGCCGCGGGACCACCAUCUGCGGUUGAGUGCGCGUCUACAUUUAUGAUGAGCAUUCGACUCUGGACGGUUAGACGAGUUCCCAGGCAGCCCUUCCUUUCAGAUAUGCGGACUUCUGCCCGCCAAGGCCGGCGUGAGAGAGCUGACUUGGCGGCACGUCACGCCGGGGCAUCUGACUAUGCCUGGAGCGAAGGAUUCCGUUCAAGUGUUUGUCUUGCUCAUUCAUGA